AUGGUGUUGAUGCAAACCGCUAAAGCAGAGGUCGGGAGUCCUGAUCACAACAAAUGUGCUGAAGUGAGAAUUCUCUUAGAUUGCGGAUCACAAAGGACAUAUAUUACGGAGAAGUUAGCAGAGAAACUAAACCUAAAGAAAGAAAAGGAGGAAGAAAUAAAGUUGGUGACAUUUGGAAGCAAAGAUAUAAAAACAGUUCGCACACAAUCAACAACAAUACGUCUGAAAUUGAAAAGUGGGGAGUAUAUGAACAUAAGUGCAAACAUUGUUCCUGUCAUAAGUGGGACUAUUCAAAGGAGACAAAUAAAUGUGUUGAAAAAGGAUGACGUAAAAAACAUAAUCAAUAGUGUAGAUCUAGCAGACACUAUUCCAAAGGACUGUGAGUAUUCUAGUGUUGAAUUACUAAUAGGCUAUGAUUUCUAUCUUGCUAUUAUAUUGUCUCAAAGAAUUGAAAUUCAACCUGGUUUGUACCUGCUUGGAUCUAAAUUAGGUUGGUUACUUACAGGAAGAACAGACGAAAAUUGUGAUGAAACAGGAAGCGAAAGAAAUAUGUUGAUUUUAACAUACGGAAACAGUGGAACUAAAACACAAGGUUUUCAGAGUAUUGAUAGUUCAAUUCCUACGAAACCGGAAUUCGAAGAUCUUUGGAACACUGAGGCAAUAGGUGUUGUGGAUAACAAAGUUACAUCUGAGGAUAAAGAGAUCAUGAAAGAAUUCAAGCAAACUUUACAAUUUGAAAACGGAAGAUAUUACGUCACAUGGCCUUGGAAGGAAGGGAAAGAAGUGUUGCCAGUGAAUAAAGAACUGUCUUUUGGGCGAUUAAAAUCGUGUGUUAAAAGGUUAAGAAAUAAACCAGAACUGUUGGAAAAGUAUGAUUCUGUUAUUCAGGAGCAACUAAGGAAAGGAAUUAUAGAGGAAGUGAAUGAUACUAAAGGAGAUAGGACACACUAUAUACCACAUCAUGCAGUGAUAAAUCCUCAAAAGUCAACAAAAGUACGCAUAGGAUAUGAUGCUUCUUCUAAAUGUAAACCAGAAUACAACAGUUUAAAUGAAUGCUUGUAUCGAGGACCAGUACUUCUCCAUGAUUUAUGUGGACUUUUGAUGAGAUUUUGCCUACAUAAUAUAGCUAUCAUAGCGGACAUCGAAAAGGCAUUCCUUCAAAUAGGCUAA